CUGGACCAGACACUGACGAUCCUGAACAUACGAGAUACUUGGGCCUAUAAAUAGCCACCUGCUGGGCAUGGACGCCAACACAGUUCAAAGUGGUGUCAUGGUCAAUAUGGAUGCCAUUGUGUCGCUCGCCAUACUCCUCCUGGUUACUGGAGCAGGAGCAAGCAAACAUGCAGAUCUGCCAGCUGGGCCUGCCGUGAAGUCGCCUAAGACCAUGGCGCCAAUGGUGUAUUGGCAAGCAGUUCUUCCUGAGACUCCGAUGCCCCAAGCCAUACACGACUUGUUGACCCAAUCUACAGGACAUGUCUCUCAGGAUAAUAAAGGUUUGGCACAAGGGGAGAACUCAAGAAAAGUCACCGCAUCAUAUGGGUCCCAAGGUGAGGAGGACACAAGGAAGGUCACUACUUCACAUAAGUCCCAAGGUGAGGACUCAAGGAAGGUCACCGCCUCAUAUGGGUCCCAAGAUGAUGGAGACUCAAUGAAAAUAAUGAUGUCAUAUGGAUCUCAAUGUAAGGACAACUCAAGGAAGGCCACCACAUCAUAUGGGUCUCAAGGUGAUGAGGAAUCUAGAAAGGUCACAACUUCAUAUGGGUCCAAAGGUGAGGAGGACUCAAGGAAGCUCACCACAUCAUAUGGGUCUCAAGGUGAUGAGUUAUCAAGAAAGACCACCACAUCAUAUGGGUCCCAAGGUGAUGAGUUAUCAAGAAAGACCACCACAUCAUAUGGGUCCCAAGGUGAUGAGUUAUCAAGAAAGACCACCACAUCAUAUGGGUCCCAAGGUGAUGAGUUAUCAAGAAAGGCCACCACAUCAUAUGGGUCCCAAGGUGAUGAGUUAUCAAGAAAGACCACCACAUCAUAUGGGUCCCAAGGUGAUGAGUUAUCAAGAAAGACCACCACAUCAUAUGGGUCCCAAGGUGAUGAGUUAUCAAGAAAGACCACCACAUCAUAUGGGUCCCAAGGUGAUGAGUUAUCAAGAAAGGCCACCACAUCAUAUGGGUCCCAAGGUGAUGAGUUAUCAAGAAAGGCCACCACAUCAUAUGGGUCCCAAGGUGAUGAGUUAUCAAGAAAGACCACCACAUCAUAUGGGUCCCAAGGUGAUGAGUUAUCAAGAAAGGCUACCACAUCAUAUGGGUCCCAAGGUGAUGAGUUAUCAAGAAAGACCACCACAUCAUAUGGGUCCCAAGGUGAGAAGGACUCAAGGAAGGCCACUACUUCAUAUAGGUCCCAAGGGGACAGGCAUGACCAUAUUCACAGCCACAACAACGGCAACAAGCUAGCAGACGUGUUCUUCUUCCAUGACGUGCUACGGCCAGGGUCCAUUAUCACACCGACCAUCCCACCGACCACAUCCUUGCCACCCCUGCUACCGCGCCACGAGGCUGAAACCAUUCCAUUCUCCACCAAGCGCUUCGGCGACAUCCUUACCAUGUUCGCGCCAGCGUCCCAUGCCAUGGCAGAUGAGAUACGGUGGACUCUGGACACUUGCGAGCACCCGCAGACACUCGCAGGAGAGAAGGCCAGCUGCGCCACGUCCUUCGAGUCCCUCGCAAAGCUCCCUGCUGCCCUCCUUGGGAUACGCAAUGUCCAUGCUUUCUCGGGUGACAUGCCCAUCGACCCUGCGGGCACGACGGCGCGACGGGGGAGGUAUAACGUGACGGCUGUGCGGAAGCUCUCCGACUCUCCGAUGGUCGCGGCGUGCCAUGACCUGACGUACCCCUACGCGGUGUACUACUGCCACACGACGAACCCAGCGGCGGCGUACCUGGUGACGCUGGCGGCCGAGGAUGGCGGGGCGCCGGCGAUGGAGGCCCUAGCCGUGUGCCACCUGGACACGUCGCAGUGGACCCCCAGACACCCGUUCCUAGUGGCGCACAAUCUCAAGCCAGGUGAUGCGGUGGUGUGCCAUUUCCUCUCUAAGCUCAGCAUAGUCUGGGUCCCGGCCGGCGAGCAAGGAGGCGCACGUGAAGCCCGGAAGAACGCAAAGUACCUGAGGGCAUUUGCAUGAGCAAGCUCUGUGGCACGUUUGUAACCUGUCGAACAAACAACGUGGCUCUAGUACUAAAUAAAAGCUGCGUGAACGUAUUGUGAUCGUGCUUUGUUUAAGCAAAGUGUUGUGGUUAUGGUUUGGCUAAGCAACGAACUCAUCUUUUAUUUGUAAUAAUUACUUAAGGAACUGGCAGUUAAGAUUUGA